AUGCCGCCGAAGGUCCGCAAGGUGCGAGCGCGGACUCGGACGGAGCUCAAAGAUGAGCAGAAGGCCGAAAUCAAGGAAGCCUUCGACCUUUUCGACACAGAUGGCACAGGAACCAUUGAAGCCAAGGAGCUCAAGGUGGCACUGCGAGCGCUGGGUUUUGAGCCCAAAAAAGAAGAGUUGAAAAAACUCGUGUCCGAUCUGGACAAGAGCGGCAGUUCGCAUGUCCAGGGUAUGCUAGACUUCAAUGAGUUUCUGGAGAUUAUGACAGCCAAGAUGAGCGAGAAGGAUUCCAAGGAGCAGAUCCUGAAAGCAUUUCAGCUUUUCAAGGGGCCAUCUGGAAAGAUCUCGUUUGAUGACCUGAAGGCGGUUGCAAAGGAGCUUGGAGAGACCAUGUCGGAUGAGGAGCUGCAGGAGAUGAUCCGGGAAGCCGACAAAGAUGAUGAUGGUGAGGUUAGCGAGGAAGAGUUCAUGAGAAUUAUUCGCCGGUCUACUCUGUAA